ACAGGCUGAGCUCCCAUCCCAGCUCGCAAACACACUCUCUCUCUACAAUAAAAAGAAUAAUGUUUUAUUUAACAUGCCAUACCGGAAGAAGAAGCCAUAUUUAUCCAGCCCUCACUUCAUAGCCAUCCAUUUCUGCCUGUGCUGAAUGCAAUAAUAAAUAAAGACCCACAGACCUACAUGUAUGUAUAUAUUUUUAUGGCUAGUGCGUGUUAAGAAUGCAUCCCUGGAGCAUGCAAGCGGCGAAUGUCAGGUGGCUGCCCAGCAGGAGCCUUGUCUGAUCUGGUGGCAGUGCAGGUCCAUUGGAUAGGUCUGGAGUGGAUGGAUGGGAAGACAGAGCAGGUUGGGGAUGCUGAAAGCUGAGACAAAAGAAGGAGCCUUGUGUGUUUCAUCCGAAGGAAAGAGAGAGGAAGCAAGGGGGAGGGAAGACAGAGAAAACGACAGCUGGAAGAAAACCAUCUCCUUAUCCAUAUUUUUGCCUUUUUUAUUACAUUGGAUUAUAAGCAACUGCAUUUUUACUUUUUUGCCUUUUUUUUGCCUUAUUUUAAUUUUUUUUUUUUAAGGGAGAGGAGGGGUGAUGUCUGCUGAUUUUUCAGAAUUGCUAUUUUUUUUGUUCUUUAUUCUUCACCUGGGAGCUUAUAAAGCUGCACUCUUUCCCUGAUAGGAUGGGCAGUGAGAUAUCAUUAUCCCAGGCAGCCAGGUCUCUUCCUCUUCCUGCAUCCAUGUUAAUUGCAUUCUUGUGAUCAUGUGUAUUUAACCCUUGGUGUCCAGAUGCAUCCCUUCUGGAUUAGAAGCAGAAAAUCACAGCACACACUUUAUGGGGUUUGAAUUGCUUCUUGGCCUUAAUGUUGCAGGUUUAUUGAUUCUGCACUUAUAAAUGCAUGUGAGGUUAUCUUGAGCCCAAUUUAAGUCCUUGUCACUUGAUCCUCUUAUAGUGUCUGUCUUGUCUGCAGAGCAUUUUCCUCCUGGUUUGGAAGGUUUUUUGGGUGCGCCUUACUGUUCAAUUAUCAGAACCUUUAGAUGAGAAGAAUUGCACUCAGCUAACUCCAUGCAGUGCAGCCCUCAUUUUGGCAUACAGGGCUACUCAAAGGUGACAAGACGCUUAACCUCACUGGGUCACCUGGGGCCUGAGUCCAUGCCUCUGCUGCUGGGAUCUGCCUGGCUUUGCACUGGAUCCAUCCAGACCCCCGGACCUCCGGCUGGUGAAUGAUGUUUAAGUAUAGGCUACGCAUGUUCUUCAAUGAACUGAAAGUUCUGGUGUUGACCCGUUCCGGUCGAAGUGAGCCGGAGCCGGGCCAGGCCAUGCGGGGUUUAGGAGUGGGGGGCUGCGGAUGGCCUCCCUUUGCAGACUGUUCCUCAAGAGAUGAUGAGGAGGAAUAUUAUGGGGCUGAGCCCAGACCCCGCAACCUUGGGCUAGAAGAGAAGGAUAGUCGUCUUGGGGCUGCGCUGGACGCCGUGUCCCUUGGAAGCAGCAUUGACAGCGGCAUGAGGACCCCUCAGUGCAGGAUCUGCUUCCAGGGUCCUGAACAGGGGGAGCUGUUGAGCCCAUGCCGCUGUGAUGGUUCAGUGAGAUGCACACACCAACCCUGCCUAAUACGAUGGAUAAGCGAGCGGGGGUCCUGGAGCUGCGAGCUGUGUUAUUUCAAAUACCAUGUCCUAGCGAUCAGCACUAAAAACCCCCUCCAGUGGCAGGCCAUUUCUUUGACUGUGAUCGAGAAAGUCCAGAUUGCAGCCAUAAUACUGGGCUCCCUUUUCCUCAUCGCCAGCAUAUCCUGGUUAAUUUGGUCUUCACUCAGCCCCUCGGCCAAGUGGCAGCGGCAAGACUUGCUUUUUCAAAUCUGCUACGGGAUGUAUGGAUUCAUGGACAUCGUCUGUAUAGGUCUGAUUAUCCACGAGGGCUCAUCGGUUUAUCGGAUAUUCAAGAGAUGGCAAGCUGUGAAUCAACAGUGGAAAGUUCUAAACUAUGAUAAAACUAAGGACCUUGGGGAACCUUUAAGUGGGACUACUAAGCUUGGGGGAAGGAAUUCACGGACGAACCAUUCCUCUCACAAUGACAGAGGACCCGGGCGGAGCCAGCGGGUUAGGACUAUUUUAAACCAUCACUGUGGCUAUACUAUCCUACACAUCCUCAGCCACCUGCGGCCUAAUGAACAUCGAAAUAGCUCAAACUCCAACAGAGAGGUGGUGAUGAGAGUGACAACCGUAUGAGGAAAAAUCCUGAUUUUCAGCAGGAAUGCAGGCACCGCUGUACUAAACUAGCUCCUAAUGACAUCACCAUUAAAUGGUAUAAAAAAAGGGAGAAGAUAGAGCUUUGCUUUCUUGGGGAACACAAAAAGUUCCAUGCCCCUAUUCCAUUAUGAGUAGGCCUUUCAAUGCAUUCUGGCCAACCUUGUUAAUAUAUGCCCUGAUUUUUAUUUUGUAGAAAUUGGGCCAUCCUUUUUGUCACACAAUACUUUUGCUGUGCGUCUUAUCGAUUACAGAAUAACCCAACCUCAAGCAGAGAUGAGGGUAUAGGGUUCCCUUAUGAAAAAUGUUAUUGUUUCAAAGAAAUCCCACUUGAUCCAUUUCCUUUUGAGCACAUCGAAAGCACAAGCCAGCGUUUAAAAACAAAAAAAACAACCAAGUCUUAACAUUUUUACCUCAGUUUAUUAAAUGACAAAACAACAACACAAUAAAUCACAAGAGAGAAAUUCAAACAUACCUUUAAAAGUUUUUAAAAAAAUAUUGUAAGAAUUGCAUUAAGUAAAAAAAAAGGUUAAACUAUACAAAGGAAAAAGACUAUAAAAUGGUUCAGAUGUUUCUAAGUGAUGAAUAGGUGCAAUAAAAAAUUUUUACGGCAAAAUGGGAUCUUUGCAAUAAGACGCUUGUACUUUCCCUGGUUUUACAUUUUUUGCAUGAGUAAAUGUACAUUUUUUUCCUCUCUUCUCCCUGCGGGAGGAUAAAGAAAAAAAUAUUUAUAUGCAAA